GUCACACCAAAAGGAAGACGAAUGACUUGGCGGCUAGUGUAAUAGUUUUAAAAAUGACCACAUAAUCUCACCAGCCUCAAAACCUCACGACACGUCAUUCUCUCCAAUUCUACAAACACCAUUCAUUUCAUUUCCCUAAAAAAUUAUGGCUCAUGUAAGUUUCUUUGAUGUGUGAACUGUGGAAGAGACUACUCUCAUCAACCAUGAACCAUAAAAACUCCACCGCUCUUUCUCUCCCUCAAUCAUUUACAUCUCUUCCUUAAAUCUCUCUUCCCACCAUCAUCAUUCCAAACCAAUUCUCUCUCACUUCUUUCUGGUGAUCAGAGAGAUCGACUCAAUGGUGAGCUUUUGCGAGCUUUGUGGUGCCGAAGCUGAUCUCCAUUGUGCCGCGGACUCUGCCUUCCUCUGCCGUUCUUGUGACGCUAAGUUCCAUGCCUCAAAUUUUCUCUUCGCUCGUCAUUUCCGGCGUGUCAUCUGCCCAAAUUGCAAAUCUCUUACUCAAAAUUUCGUUUCUGGUCCUCUUCUUCCUUGGCCUCCACGAACAACAUGUUGUUCAGAAUCGUCGUCUUCUUCUUGCUGCUCGUCUCUUGACUGUGUCUCAAGCUCCGAGCUAUCGUCAACGACGCGUGACGUAAACAGAGCGCGAGGGAGGGAAAACAGAGUGAAUGCCAAGGCCGUUGCGGUUACGGUGGCGGAUGGCAUUUUUGUAAAUUGGUGUGGUAAGUUAGGACUAAACAGGGAUUUAACAAACGCUGUCGUUUCAUAUGCGUCUUUGGCUUUGGCUGUGGAGACGAGGCCAAGAGCGACGAAGAGAGUGUUCUUAGCGGCGGCGUUUUGGUUCGGCGUUAAGAACACGACGACGUGGCAGAAUUUAAAGAAAGUAGAAGAUGUGACUGGAGUUUCAGCUGGGAUGAUUCGAGCGGUUGAAAGCAAAUUGGCGCGUGCAAUGACGCAGCAGCUUAGACGGUGGCGCGUGGAUUCGGAGGAAGGAUGGGCUGAAAACGACAACGUUUGAGAAAUAUUAUUGACAUGGGUCCCGCAUUAUGCAAAUUAGGACAUUUAGUGUUUAGUGCCUUAAUUAUAGUUUGUGUCAUUGAUCUGUUUGAUCUUUCUUUUCAACGUAAACUAAAAAUGGUCUGAACCAAUUGAGAUGAUAGAUAUUUCUUUAGAGGAGAUUUAAUUUUUUUAAUCAACAGUAAGAAGAUUUUAGAAACGGAAUAAUGGUAAUCCAAUAGUCAUUAUCAGGUUCUUUUGAGAUGAAAUUGAAAUCUUUUCUUUCCCAA